CUAAUGUAGUACAGUAAGAUACAGGUGUGCGCGUGGGGCUGAGACGAUGCAGGAUCCGUCACUACUUUCGUAUAAGCCCCGCGUUCUCACCCGACUUUCUUUUGAACACACUCUUUUCCCUUCACAAUUCUGGUUCACUGAAUCAUUGAACAACGAGGUCUACGUUCAACACCACGGCCUCUCUCUUUCAACAAGAUGACCACCACCCGUCUCGAUCCUGCGCUUGUCGACGCCUUUGACUAUGUCAUUGUUGGCGGCGGCACAGCCGGUUGUGUCAUUGCAAGUCGUCUGUCCGAAUACCUGCCUGACAAGAGGAUACUCUUGAUUGAGGCUGGUCCCAGCGACUACAUGGACGACCGCGUGCUGCUGCUUAAGGAUUGGCUCAACCUUUUGGGUGGUGAGCUGGACUAUGACUAUCCCACUACCGAGCAGCCAAUGGGCAACUCGCAUAUCCGUCAUUCUCGAGCCAAGGUCCUUGGGGGUUGCUCUUCGCACAAUACUCUCAUCUCUUUCCGCCCCUUUGAGUAUGACUGCAAGCGAUGGGAGGCUCAGGGCUGCUACGGCUGGUCUUUCAAGACCUUUACUCGUGUCUUAGAUAACCUGCGCAACACUGUUCAGCCGGUGCACGAGCGUCACCGGAAUCAGCUGUGUCUCGACUGGGUCGAGGCUUGCUCCGCCGCGCUCGAUAUCCCCGUCAUCCACGAUUUCAACAAGGAAAUCCGCGACAUAGGGGCUCUCAAGCAAGGUGUUGGCUUUUUCUCCGUUUCGUACAAUCCCGACGAUGGCCGCCGAAGCAGCGCCAGUGUCGCAUAUAUCCACCCGAUCCUAGGCGGAGCUGAGAAACGAGAGAAUUUGACAGUCCUCACCAAUGCGUGGGUUAAUAGAAUUAACGUCCGACAUGACCGUGUUACUGGAGUCGACCUGACGCUGCAGAGCGGUGAAAAGCGCACCCUCAAGGCCAAGUCAGAAACAAUUCUCUGCGCAGGCGCCGUGGAUACGCCGCGCUUGAUGCUUUUAUCUGGAUUAGGCCCCAGAACUCAACUUUCUGAUCUCGGUAUUCCUGUAGUCAAGGACAUUCCCGGCGUGGGCGAGAACUUGCUCGAUCAUCCUGAGAGUAUUAUCAUGUGGGAGUUGAACCGCCCCGUACCGCCGAACCAAACCACUAUGGAUUCUGACGCCGGCAUCUUCCUCCGUCGAGAGAUUCCCAACGCUGCUGGCGGCGAUGGAGAUAUUGCCGACAUGAUGAUGCACUGCUACCAGAUUCCGUUUGCCCUCAACACAUCAAGAAUGGGGUAUGAAGCCCCAAUUGACGCGUUCUGCAUGACACCGAACAUCCCCCGUCCUCGAAGCCGUGGACGACUAUUUCUGACGUCGGCCGAUCCCACCGUCAAGCCGGCGCUUGAUUUCCGUUACUUUACCGACCCAGAAGGCUACGACGCGGCCACCGUCGUUGCCGGUCUCAAAGCAGCGCGUCGCGUGGCCCAGCAAGAACCCUUCAAGAGCUGGAUCAAGCGCGAAGUUGCGCCCGGUCCAAAAGUUCAGUCCGAUGAGGACCUCAGCUACUACGGCCGCAAGGUCGCUCACACUGUCUACCACCCUGCAGGCACCACCAAGAUGGGCGAUCCUGAAAGGGACCCGCUGGCGGUCGUCGACUGCAAGCUCAAGGUGGCUGGUCUCCAGGGAAUACGCAUUGCUGACGCCGGCGUCUUUCCUGAAAUGACUACUAUCAAUCCCAUGUUGACCGUCUUGGCUGUCGGCGAGCGCGCCGCCGAACUCAUUGCCGAAGAUGCAGGCUGGCGGGGUGACCACCGACCAAGGUUGUAGAAGUUGUAGGAUGUCUCCAACGUAUUCUUAGGUUCUCGAAAUCCAGCAUCGAUGUGAAUUUUGGAUUCACAGGAAAAGGGUCUGGCCAUUUUCUUCUAUAUACCACUCAUGAUAGAUCUAGAGGAUAGUCUAGACAUUAUCCAAAAUAAUUUACAAUUCUUCUACAAGGCAGG